AUGUCAAUUCGACACUAUAUCGAGAGAUUUCUGUUGCUUACGUGGAAACUGAAUAAGACGCAAUGGAACCGUCCUCUAGAAAUGCUAUGGUUGCUAUUAUCCCCCACGUUGCUGUGCAUUAUAGCUGUGGGAAUGCGAAUGGAUACUGAUGUAUCAGAGAGGCAUAACACAUAUUACGAUGCGAUUGAUAUGGAACAAAGCUGGAUCGAUUUGGUUGAGGCAUUAUCGGAGCGCGACAAGAUUCGGAAGCACAAUAAUCGGAGUAACAAUGUGUUUGUGCCUCAACUGGUAAUUGCCUGGGCUCCCAAUGAUCAUAAUCUCUUUGGAGAAAUCAUAAAGAUGUCCGAACCGGAGCUUCAUACCAUGAAAUUUAAAGGCUUUAUCGAUUGCAGCACAAUGGAGAAGGCGAUACAGGAGAACUAUCUAUUUGCGGGCAUUUGCUUCGAUAACAGCCAAAUUGAAAAACAAUAUGUGAUUUUAAAUAGUCGUUUGGGACCCGGUGAGAUUUUGUUACCGCACUUUAACUACACUAUCGUCUAUCCCAGCGAGUUACGUAUAUUCAAUGGUACUUUUAUCGGAGACAAUUGGAAGACAAUCUAUCAUGACGAUCCAAGAACCUGCAUUGUACAGCGACUCAACGAACCUCAAACAGAUGGUCACAUUUGUUAUGUUCGGGAAGGUUUCAUUAAGAUCCAGAAAUCCAUAUCCGAAAAUUAUUUAAAGCUUGUUAGCAAAACCAAAAUUCCAAAUAUUGUUUUACGACGAUUUCCGGUCGAUGGACGCGUCCAGGAUCCCCUAUUGAACUAUAUCAAUCGUGGUCUCCCAUUGCUCAUAACCAUUGGAUACAUGUUUCCAGCACAGAUACUUGUCUGGCAAAUUGUAGACGAAAAACAGCGGCAAAUGCGUUUAUUUCUUAUCAAUAUGAAUAUUGGCAAUAUCAUACAUUUUACCUCCUGGUUCCUUAAGGGAUUUCUCUACAUGUUUUUUAGCUCCCUUUUCCUUAUGUUGGUUAUUAAGGUGCAUUGGAACAAGGCACACAGUCUUCUCACUCAGACACCGUGGUAUAUAGUGUUGUUAGUGUUGACAACGUAUAACGUAGCGGCGACAAGUUUUACAUUGAUGGUAGCAUCGUUUUUCAAAAACAGCGCCCUGUCGGUAAGAAUCCUGACUAUACUGUGGCUGCUGACUUAUAUGCCGUUCUUUGUGUUGUGGAAUAAUCGGGAAAAGGAGGUGAUGAUAAUACGUUAUGUGUCUUAUGCGUUGCCCAACACUGUGCUGGCCUUGAUAUGCGAGGGAUUGAUCGAGCGUGAAGUGAUCUUUGAUAAGUCAUGGGUAGAUCAGGGCUAUGCCCUUAACUAUGCUGCCGAUCGACUCAAUGUCUAUUCGGGAGCUUUCAUAUUCCUUGCCAUUUCGGUAUGUUGUUGUGCGGUCGGUAUAUAUAUGGAUGUAUGGAAUACGGGAGAAGCGGGGGGAAGACGACGACGUCGUAUACCCGUUCCAGCGCAUAGCGGUGACUUUACAUUUCAAGAUCGAGAUGAUAGUUUCAUGCCACAGGGCUCCCAAUCGAUUGGCAUUAAGGCGACCAAGAUCUAUGAGGUAGAGCCAUCGCAUCGGCGCUUCAAGAUCAAGAUCAAGAAAUUGUGCAAACGAUAUGCUCCCAAUAGUCGGGGGGCCUUGAACUCCUUCACCUGGAAUGUUUAUGAAAAUGAGGUGACUGUCCUCAUGGGGCACAAUGGUUGCGGAAAGUCGACACUAUUGAAGAUCCUCGCCGGAUUGCUGGAACCAACACGUGGUCUUGUCAUGGUCGCCGAUUAUAAUAUACAGACGGAAAGACAAGACGCAUCGAUGCAGUUGGGACUCGCUUUGAAUAAUAAUCUUCUCGUGCCAGACUUUAGUGUAGCCGAUCAAAUUCGUUUCAUUUGCCUGGUCAAAGGCACCUCCUGGACCACAGCCACCGAAGAGAUCGAGCUUUACACUCAACGGUUGCAGUUGACACAAGUGAAGCAAAACAAGGUGAAGACGUUGACAGCACAACAACGUAAUCUUCUCAGCAUUGGUUGUGCCUUUGCUGGCGGUAGCUCGAUCGUAUUGAUCGAUGAUCUCCAUUGUGAUCUGGACUUACUCGCACAAUCUGUCAUCUGCGGCCUUAUUAAUGAGGAGAAAUCUAGGCGUACCAUCAUUUUGGUAUCAAAUUCAACGGCCCUGGCGAAUCAUGUGGCCGAUCGACUGGCGAUCAUGUCCAACGGCGAGCUGAAGUGUACGGGCACGAAGCCUUUUCUACGUAAUAUGUACGGACAUGGCUUUCGACUGACGCUCAUCAAGGGCAAGACCUUUGAUUAUCAGGAGCUAAGAAAUCUAUUAGGUAAAUAUUUGCCCAAUCCCACAGUGGAAAGUAAUAUUGGCUAUAAGGUAACGUUUGUGCUUGAAAAUAAGUAUGAGGAUAAAUUCCUCGAUCUUUUUGAUGAACUGGAAGAGGAAAUGGUUAAUUUGGAUAUAGUUAGCUUUCGAUUGCGUGACACUUCGUUGGAUGAGAUCUUUUUGCGCUUCGGUUCCGAGGAGGGUGAUCUAACCCCGGAACCAGCCUUACUGAUCGAGGACUUCAAGCUGAUCCUCGAGGAAACCGAUAGCUAUUCCAAGGCAACAGGACACAAGCUAACAGGUCUUCAAUUUAAGGCACUACUUUAUAUGCGUUGGGUAUUCAAUAAGCGUCAGUUGCCCAUUAAAAUAAUCUGCGUGGCCGCUCUGAUGAUCGCUACAGCUUGUACCUUCUCUGCUGUACAUCUUUAUGGAAAGAAUUAUCAACUGAAAUCACUGUCAUUCAAUCUGACACAGCUUCAUUAUAUUGAUGCCUUUGUGGAGAUAUUAAACGAUAACCUUGAAGUUCUUGAAAUGCAAGAGUUCUUUACGGAGUUGCUCUUUUGGUACGAUGGGCAUGUUAAAGUUCUCGAAACUGAAGAAACCAGCGACUUUUAUUUGCUGCAACAAAAUGAUUUCAAUAAAGUUGUCAAUUAUCGUUAUAUGUUCGGGGCCUCCUUUGGUUCGGAAACUGUAACCGUAUGGUUCAAUAAUAUUCCACUCCAUGCGGCACCUUUUGGACUGAAUCUGGUGCAUAAUGUGGUCGCUAGACGCUUUUUCAAUGAAGAGGCCUCGAUUGAUGUCGCCCUUCAGCCGCUGCCAUUUCAGGCCCAGGUCAAUACGCUACCACAAGCCCCCCUCACCGUGGGCAGUCAAAUGGCGAUCAAUUACUCGUUCAUAUUUGGCACUAUGUGGGGUGGACUGGCAAUCAGUAGUUUAUUGGAGCGAACAUUUAAGAAGCAACAGUAUCUGGCGGGUGUGCGACUUGCAACCUAUUGUGCUGCAAUAAUUGUAUUCGAUUUGAUAAGGGUUGUGUUCAUAAGUCUUUGGCUAAUAUUGAUGACAGCGAUCUAUCUUAGUCCCCGACACGAUUUUGCCCUGUACGGUUGGAUCUUUAUAGUGUUCGUUUUGUCGGGAACCUCUGUUGUGACAUUAUCCUACCUAUUAUAUGCAAUAUUCAAGGAACCAAAUUAUGGAUUCAUUAUAAUAAGUCUACUUAAUGCAUUGGGCAUUAUUAUAUUCACCAUUACUGUGGGCGAUGAGCUAGUUAAUAUGAAAGAUUCUUAUCAAGUACUUACCCAAUAUACCUUCGGUGAGGUAAUUUUCAAGCUCUUCUAUCUGUACGACUAUAACUGGCUUUGUAAGGAUCCGGAAAUACAUUUCGUAUCAAAGAACAUACUCAAGUGCGACAGUACACCGAAUUGUUGCAAAGAAUAUGACUAUUUUCCCGGUACAUAUGGGGUGAUUUUUGACAUGACAAUGCUGCUGCUGGCACUUUGGAUACCGCUGAUCCUCUUCAUACUUGAGGAGCACUACACGUUGAUGACAUGCGCCUGUUUACAACGGGCGAUACCAAUAAAGAGCUUGUGGCGGAGUAAGCGAAAUCGACGGAGCCGACAUCAGGGAAGUGACAAAAAUGCGAUCGAUGAAACGGUUAUUUCCGAGCGACGUCGCAUCGAAAAUCUUACAGAUAAGGAUCGAUCGGAGAUGGCUGUCGUCUGUCAGGGUAUUGGGAAGAGUUAUCGUCGAAAGCCGGUGCUAAUACGCAUUGAUCUCUGUAUUGACAGAUCCGAAUGCAUUGGAAUAAUGGGAGGCAACAAUACAGGGAAAACAACAUUGGUGAAUUUAUUGGUGGGCGAGACAAUUGCAUCGUACGGAAAACUUUGGAUUGGUGGCUAUAACAUGGAUACUGAACGUGCCAAGUGCUAUCCAUUGCUAGGCUGUUGUGCCCAGCAUCAGAAUCUUCCAGCGAAUUUUACUCCACGGGAACUGAUGCACGUACAUGCCCAGCUGCAUGGUCUGUCCCUGAAGUCGACCACACAGAUCUGUGAGGGAUUGGCCCACAUUUUGGGCUUCUUCCAUUGCUAUCGCCAGUUGAUGCGUCUCUGCACAACGGGACAACAUCGCAGGGUCGGAUUCGCCUUGGCCAUAUUGGGUGAUCCGUUGCUCAUUUGCAUUGAUGGUCCACCGGGUGGCAUCGACCCCAAUGGUAAGCGUACCCUGUACAGUCUCACCGCCUAUAUGCAAAUGCGCGGCUGCAGUUUUCUAUUUACAAAUCUGGGUGCUUUGGACUGUGAACGAUUGUGCGAUCGCACGCCCAUUCUCUUUGAUGGACAACUAUGGACAAUGGGCACUCAGGAGCAACGUUAUCAACCAGGUUAUUUGCUGGAGGUGCGUUUCAAGCGCAAAAUCAAUGCCGACAUCACUACUGCAAGAAACACAUGGGAUCGUAUCAAUCAGUUUCCCGUAUCGCCACACAAUAAGUUUAUACUCUUUAUGCAGGUCAAGUUUCCCGAUGCAACGCUAAAACAUCGUGAGGACGAAUCCAUGUCAUUUUAUAUACCUGGCACCACUACAAAUUUUUCAGAAGUCUUUCUGACUAUACGCAAGGAUGCCUUUGAAUUGAACAUUGAGGAUUUUUACAUAACUCGCAAUGUUGUUACUGGCAUGCAUUUGGAUUUAUUUGAUCGUUUGGCCUUGAAGUCCGUUAAAGCACCAACUAAUUAAUCAAGUUGACGUUAAUAGAACAAUUUGUAUUUUGUUUUUCAUUUAGUUUGAAUAAUAAAACGUUUAACUUCACUUCAAA